CCGCCCGCGCCCGCCGCCGAGCCGGGGCCUCCCUCAGUCGCCUUGGCUCCCAGAACACCUGCGCGGGCCCGGCUGCGCCUGCGCAGUGUGGCCGGUGGGCCGGUCGGGGAGUGCGGCGGCGGCGGCGGCGGCGCGAGGGUGCCGGUGGGCUGGGAGCCCGGGGUGAGCUGCUGGCCGUCCUCCCUCAGGAGGCAGAAGUGCGCUCCGGCUCGCCUUCUGCGCGACCCGGGACCUCUCGCGGCCCCUGGGCGAGCGGCGGUCGGCGACGCGAGGAGGGUUCCGGCGCGGGGUGGCCAUGGACUCGGCGGCGCUGGAGCGGGACGCGGUACAGUUCGCGCGGCUGGCGGUGCAGCGCGACCAGGAGGGCCGCUACGCGGAGGCCGUGUUUUACUACAAGGAAGCUGCACAAGCUUUAAUUUAUGCUGAGAUGGCAGGAUCAAGCCUGGAACAUAUUCAAGAAAAAAUAAACGAGUAUCUGGAAAGAGUGCAGGCCUUACAUUCAGCAGUUCAGUCAAAGAGUGCGGAUCCUUUGAAAUCAAAACAUCAGUUGGACUUAGAGCGUGCCCAUUUCCUCGUGACACAAGCUUUUGACGAAGAUGAAAAAGGGAAUGUUGAAGAUGCUAUAGAGCUGUAUACAGAAGCUGUAGAUCUCUGUCUGAAAACCUCUUAUGAAACUGCUGAUAAAACUCUGCAAAAUAAGCUGAAGCAGCUGGCUCGGCAGGCACUAGACAGAGCAGAAGCAUUGAGCGAGCCUUUAACGAAGCCGUCAUGCAAAAUCAAGGCAACAAAUACAAAGCCAAAGCCACCUCCAACGAGAGCACACUUUCCACUGGGAACUAAUCCCUUCCUUGAAAGACCUCAGCCGUUCAUAAGUCCUCAGUCAUGUGACGCACAGGGACAGAGAUACACAGCAGAAGAAAUAGAAGUUCUCAGGACAACAUCAAAAAUAAAUGGUAUUGAAUAUGUUCCUUUCAUGAGCAUUGAUCUGAGGGAACGUUUUGCUUAUCCAAUGCCUUUCUGUGAUAGAUGUGGCAAGUUACCGUUAUCACCUAAACAAAAAGCUACAUUUUCUAAAUGGGUACGACCAGAAGACCUCACCAACAAUCCUACGAUGAUUUAUACUGUGUCUAGUUUCAGCAUAAAGCAGACAAUAGUAUCAGAUUGUUCUUUCGUGGCAUCACUGGCUAUCAGUGCAGCUUAUGAGAGACGAUUUAAUAAGAAGUUGAUUACAAGCAUAAUUUACCCUCAGAAUAAGGAUGGUGAGCCAGAGUACAAUCCUUGUGGAAAGUAUAUGGUAAAACUCCACCUCAAUGGUGUCCCCAGAAAGGUGAUAAUUGAUGACCAGUUACCUGUUGAUCACAAAGGAGAAUUGCUCUGUUCCUAUUCUAACAACAAAAGUGAAUUAUGGGUUUCCCUCAUAGAAAAGGCAUACAUGAAGGUCAUGGGAGGAUAUGAUUUCCCAGGAUCCAAUUCAAACAUUGAUCUUCAUGCCCUGACUGGGUGGAUACCAGAAAGGAUCGCCAUGCAUUCAGACAGCCAGACUUUCAGCAAGGAUAAUUCUUUCCGAAUGCUUUACCAAAGAUUUCACAAAGGAGAUGUCCUCAUCACUGCGUCCACUGGAGUGAUGACCGAGGCUGAAGGCGAGAAGUGGGGCCUGGUCCCCACACACGCAUACGCUGUGCUGGACAUCAGAGAAUUCAAGGGGCUGCGAUUUAUCCAACUGAAAAAUCCUUGGAGUCAUUUACGUUGGAAAGGAAGAUAUAGUGAAAAUGAUGUAAAAAACUGGACCCCAGAAUUGCAAAAGUAUUUAAACUUUGAUCCUCGAACAGCUCAGAAAAUAGACAAUGGGAUAUUUUGGAUUUCGUGGGAUGAUCUCUGCCAGUAUUAUGAUGUAAUUUACUUGAGUUGGAAUCCAGGUCUUUUUAAAGAAUCAACAUGUAUUCACAGUACUUGGGACGCUAAGCAAGGACCCGUGAAGGACGCCUACAGCCUGGCCAACAACCCCCAGUACAAGUUGGAGGUGCAGUGUCCACAGGGGGGCGCCGCGGUCUGGGUUUUGCUUAGCAGGCACAUAACGGACAAGGAUGAUUUUGCUAACAAUCGAGAAUUUAUCACAAUGGUUGUAUACAAGACUGAUGGGAAAAAAGUUUAUUACCCAGCUGACCCACCUCCAUACAUUGAUGGGAUUCGGAUUAACAGCCCUCACUACCUGACUAAGAUAAAGCUGACCACUCCGGGGACCCACACCUUUACGCUAGUGGUUUCCCAGUAUGAAAAGCAGAACACCAUCCAUUACACAGUGCGGGUAUACUCAGCAUGCAGCUUUACUUUUUCAAAGAUUCCUUCCCCGUACACUGUAUCAAAACAGAUUAAUGGAAAGUGGAGUGGUCAGAGUGCCGGAGGAUGUGGAAAUUUCCAAGAGACUCACAAAAAUAACCCCAUUUACCAAUUCCAUAUAGAAAAGACGGGGCCGCUACUGAUCGAGCUAAGAGGACCAAGGCAGUACAGUGUUGGAUUUGAAGUUGUAACAGUUUCUGUGGUGGGAGACCCUGGUCCCCAUGGGUUCCAGAGGAAGUCCAGUGGUGACUACAGGUGUGGGUUUUGCUACCUGGAAAUGGAAAACAUACCUGCUGGGAUCUACAAUAUCAUUCCCAGUACUUUCCUGCCCAAACAAGAAGGACCCUUUUUCUUGGACUUUAAUAGUAUUAUCCCCAUCAAGACGACACAGCUGCAGUGACAGAAACCGCAGCGAUCGCUGGGUCGUACGCUCACCAGACAUCAGAUCUCGAGGACACUGUAACGCAGCAGUCAGAACAGAGCGGAAUCUUCAAAACGCUCCUGGGGAAUCUGGCGCUGAAGUCAGGCUGUGUGGUGAGAACUGUAUGUAGUCAGAAUUACCCUCUGUCGCUCAGAAGUACUGUUUACUGGUUGUGUGUGUACAGAGUGGGCUUGCACUUAGGGGCCAUGUUAUAUGAAAGCGUGUAGACGACCGUAAAGGUUAGACGCAGUCAAGCACUGAGAUGGACGCCCGUACCAAGACCGCAGGAGGGAAGUGCAGACUCACGGAGCAGAACGGCGGCGGGGAUGCUUCUCUGGAGAACUUACUUACGCUGUGUUUGUCUUUUGGCAGCACAUGUUGUAAGGUGAACCUGCUUGUGUUGUUAACUCUCCUGUGUGUCCUGGGCAACAAAUGACCAAAUGAAUUGUGUUACCAUGAGAUUUUAGUUCUGUGUUAUUUAUGACUUUAAGUGUUUACUGUUGCCCAGAGGUCAUGAAAGGAUAGAGUUUAAGAAACACAGUUGACUUUAUAGCGUGGAGAUGCUCAUGCUUAAGAGUGACGGUUGCUGAGGCUGGACACCCGUCUCCCAUUGACUCACUGAAGAGGACUGAGGUAUAGUCAUCAGUGCCGUUUUAUCAGGUUGAGGAAAGCAGUAGUCUGAGACACUGAAGAUAUCACAAUUUAGUUUGUAUAGCCUUCCUUUAAAUUGCUCCAUAUAGUUCAGUGUUCUUACGGUAAGAGCACUCUAAAAAAACAUGAUUAAGAAUUUAAUACAUGGUGAUUGGGUCGCAAGAUACUGUUAUGUGUAAAUUCCCCAUUGUUUACAUAAAAAUCCAUUAGAGUAGAAUGAUGCUCAGUCAAGAUUUUAAAGAUCUAAAAAUAGUGGCAUUUUUCAUCUCUAUUAAAACUUUUGUAUUUCUAUUACCUUUAAUCGAAAUAAAAUGUUUAUACUUAUGGAAA